AUGAAAGAGGAAAUUAAAAAGGAAAAAGUAAAAUGUAGUCAAAAAGGGAAAGAGGAAAAUCAAAAACGUCUUUCAGAACAUCCUGUAAACACUACCUCCGAUCUCUUAUAUUGGCUGCAAGAAGGUAACAAACGCCGUAAAAUAGCAGCCACCCAUUCCAAUCCCCAAUCGAGUAGAAGUCAUUCCGUUUUUGUUGUUAAUUGUGAUGGGGUUAAAUUGAAUUUAAUCGAUUUGGCAGGCAGCGAAAGGGCAGCCAGUCGGUGUUUUAAUCUUUCCAGGUUCAAAGAAGGUUCCAAUAUAAAUAGAAGUAUCGUUGCUUUAGGAAAUGUAAUUUCUGCAUUAGCUGUUUCUCCUUCCAGUGCUUGCUAUAAUGAGACCGUUAACACUUUGCGUUUUGGGCAACGUGCCAAAAAUAUAAUAUUCCGGCCAGUCGUCAACGAAGACCCCAAAGAAAAGACAAUCCGAGAAUUGAGAGCAGAAAUAUUUAGACUGAAGGAGCUUUUAAAAAACGUACAGGUGCCGAUUGUAAAUCAAAUGUACUUUCAAAAAGAUGUUACAAGAGACACGCAGAAUGAAAAUACAGAAGAUAACCUAAAUCGAAAGCCCAAUCCAUCGAAUAUUCUAACUAUAUUAACCCAUAAAUUAAAUGUAGCAGACAAACCUCUUUGUACGAACGAAGAAGAACUCAUUCCGAAUAUUGACGUCAACGCAAAUAUUAAUAAGAAACAUUCAGAAGUGACUUUAAUCAUGUCGUCAAAUAAAAUAGAUCCUGAUAAGUGUGGUUCAGACGAUUCCACUAUAUCAUCCAAAUCAAUUACAUCAAAUCAAAGUUCGGAAAUAGGUUCAGGAAGUCAAACAUCACGCAGAAGCAGUCUCCGAACAGAGUCAUUACAUAAAUCCGUUUCUUCAUUAUCAAAAACUUCAUCCAAAAGACAAUCUUUGCGAGCUAUGUCCAGUGAAAACCUUUCAAAAAGAUCUGAAGCUAAAUUUGGUGUAAGUUCCAAGGCAUCACCUAGAUCUCAAGUUGUAGCUGCAGUUACGAGUAGAUUGUAUAAUAAGGUUAAGAAGAAAGAAGUUGCAACAGAUACUGAUGACAUAAAUACAUAUAAUCUGUCGGUAUUUCCAAAAGAAUUAUUAAUAUCAGAAAAUGCCAGGGCACGUCUAAGAAAUAUUACGAGGAGGGCAUUAAGAGCCAAUCGAAUAAAAAAUCAGGAUAUCCAAACAGAUCAUAUACCCAUUAAACGAAUGAAAGAAAUAUCUACAAAUACUUCAGAUCUGAAAGUGUUGGUAGAAGAGCUAAAACAUGUGGCAACUAUGACUUCCCAAAUUGAUAAUAAGGAUGCCUGUGUGGAUAGCUCUGAUUUGAUAGAUGUCACAGAUUCAGAAACAGUUAAAAAUUUGUUGAUUACAAGGAGUUGCGGUACACAAUUUAACAAAGAGGAUUCCCAAAGAAAACAGUUAGUAGUUCCAAAGCCCUCAACUCUUGUAUCGUUUACCAAAUAUCUUAAAGAAGGAAAAGAUGUAUCUGCGGAUGCCAUAUAUACUAAUGUAGUUAACAUAAAUAUAUCAAAUAACUACCUUCAAGGAAACAAACCUAGCCACAGUGUAUCUUCAGAAAGUUUAGAAAAUUUUGAAGCUCAAAGUUCAUAUAUGGUUACUCCAGAUCUUCUUAGUAAUCAUCCGCCUCUUGAAAUGUCAUCAAAAGAAGUUCAAACAUGGUAUCACGGAAGUGUGGGAGAACUAAAGGAUGAAUUUCUAGACUGCGUUGAACACUUCAACCAAGAUUAUGCAAAAAAUAAUAGUAAAGCAAAAUGCUCUUGGAUACCUAAUCAUUCGGUGGCAGUACCAGCCAUUAAAAUGCUCAAAACUCAUGCUGCAGAAAUAUUCAGAUCAUCAGUACAAACUAAAGAAUAUUGUAUACCUUUAAAGGACUUCGAAGUUGUCACAGCCAAACCGAGAAUUCUGUACUGUAACAGAACUGAAUAUGAUGACGUAGUUACAGUCCAUGAACCAUUUAUACUACAUGAUACUACAGUCACUACAGAUAAUUACAACCAGGCCACAACAUCUAAUUUAGUAUCAUCUAGAGUACCAAAAACAAUUCUGAAAAAUGAAAAUGGAGAAGCUCAAAGAAUAGUGAGUGCAAUGUCUGCAUUUUUAGAAGAAGCAACAGAAAUCAUGUCAACAUUGUCAGAAAAAGACCAAAAAAAUCAUUCUUAUGAUCUGCAAGUAACAGUAAGUGGAUUAAAAUCUUUAAAAAACUUAACCAAAAAGAAAAAAUUAACACAUAAUAAGAUUUUAACUGAGAAUAAAGGACAAUUAGUUAACAAAGGUAAUCAAUCAUCAAAUUCUGACAAAAAAUAUUGUACAUGUUUUAAAGAAAAGGGAUCCCAAACAAUAAUUCCUGUUAUGUAUAACUGCUCUACUCAAUCUGAACCACUACUCACAGAAUUACCAGUAAAUAAAUACGAAAUUCCCUUCGAAGCAGCAUGUUCAAGAUUAGAGAAAACGUUAUCUCUCGUCCAAAUAUCCCAUGGAAGAACCGUUAAUGCUGAUGAGAUAUUUGCAGAAUAUGAAUCAUCGCAUUUAGACAAUGAUUUAGGUCCAAAUUAUUCGGAUUAUGGAAGUUUACCAAAAACCUACAAAAAAAAGUACAGUACGUGGUCAUUAUCUCCUAAAUCAUAUUUGAAGCAAUUGACUGCAAUGAGAAAAGAUAUAGUAGAAAGUACUAGAGACUAUAUGAGAAGUUACGAUAAUCUCUGUAAAAAAACUGAAGACAGUGGAAAAUACAGUGUAGAUCAUAUUAAUGAUAAUACGUAA